UUCCAAUUGCAGCCUAGAACUGUCCUCCGCCUUGUCUUUGCGUUGCCUCCAAAUGGCAAGGAAUCCGGGAAUGGAAUCUCUUCAUCAACCACCAAUCGUCCGCACUUGCCUUCCCUACUUCAAUUACAAUCUCAACCCAUUUUCAUCCCCACUGCCUGGAAGAGAUUCUGGUUCAUUUCUAGGUCACCAUUCACUAAAGUCCGUUUCUUUCCGAGAGAGACAGUCAUGAGUUGCAGCUCUCAGUUCCUGGGUAGCUUCUGUGCUGCCCAAUUGGGGAGUUUCAGGCCUACAACAACCCAGAACCAGGCAAUUCACCGCUCGUUUAGAGGUUUGGGUUCUGUAGAUGGGAUUGAGGACGACAUGGACAAGGGGCGCUGUGUAAGGAAUGGGAAUUUGAAGCUCGGGAGGGGAGAAUUCUCCGCGAGAGCGAAGUCAACCCUGAGCGUGGAUAAAGAGACGGAUGUUAGUGGGGAUAAGGGGAGAGGUUAUUAUGAUGCAAUUGUGAUUGGGUCUGGGAUUGGUGGGUUGGUUGCUGCUACUCAGCUGGCGGUAAAAGGGGCUAAAGUUCUGGUUUUGGAGAAGUAUGUCAUUCCCGGCGGCAGCUCUGGCUAUUAUGAACGAGAUGGUUUCACGUUCGAUGUUGGGUCUUCUGUCAUGUUUGGUUUCAGUGACAAGGGGAAUUUGAAUUUGAUAACCAGAGCAUUGGCAGCAGUUGGUUGUGAGAUGGAGGUGCUUCCUGAUCCGAGUACUGUCCAUUUUCAUCUUCCAAAUAAUCUCUCGGUUCUUGUCCACAGAGAGUACAGUGAGUUUCUUGCAGAACUGGUUUCUAGGUUUCCUCAUGAGAAGGAAGGGAUCACUAAGUUCUAUGGUGAAUGCUGGAAGAUAUUCAAUGCGUUGAACUCUUUGGAACUGAAGUCGUUGGAGGAACCUAUCUACCUGUUUGGGCAGUUCUUUCAGAAGCCUCUUGAGUGCUUAACUCUUGCAUAUUAUCUGCCCCAAAAUGCUGGAGAUAUUGCUAGGAAGUAUAUAAAAGACCCUGGCUUGUUGUCCUUUAUCGAUGCUGAGUGUUUUAUAGUGAGCACAGUUAAUGCUCUGCAGACACCAAUGAUCAAUGCAGCCAUGGUCCUAUGUGACAGACAUUUUGGAGGAAUUAAUUAUCCAGUUGGUGGUGUUGGUCAAAUUGCAAAAUCCCUAGCAAAAGGUCUCGUUGAUCAAGGCAGUGAGAUUGCUUACAGGGCAAACGUCAUGAAGAUAAUUCUUGAAAAUGGAAAGGCUGUAGGAGUGAGACUCUCGGAUGGAAGAGAGAUAUUUGCAAAGACGGUUAUAUCCAAUGCAACUAGAUGGGAUACCUUUGGAAAAUUGUUGAAAGGAGAGCAGCUCCCAAAAGAGGAAGAAAAUUUCCAAAAAAUUUAUGUCCAGGCACCCUCUUUUCUUUCUAUUCACCUGGGUGUUAAGGCAGAGGUUCUACCACCCGAUACAGACUGCCACCAUUUUGUGCUUGAGGAUGAUUGGGCAAGGUUAGAGGCGCCAUAUGGAAGCAUCUUUUUGAGCAUUCCCACUGUUCUUGAUAAAUCAUUGGCUCCAGAAGGGUGUCAUAUUCUUCACAUAUUUACAACAUCCUCCAUAGAGGAUUGGGAGCGAAUUCCUCGAAAAGACUAUGAGGCAAAGAAGGAAGCUGUAGCUGAUGAGAUCAUAAGCAGAUUGGAGAAAAAACUGUUCCCUGGGCUAAAAUCCGCCAUUGUUUUCAAGGAGGUGGGUUCACCAAAGACUCACAGGCGAUAUCUUGCUCGCAACGAUGGGACCUAUGGACCUAUGCCACGCAACAUUCCAAAAGGCUUAUUGGGUAUGCCAUUUAAUACAACAAGUGUAGAUGGGCUUUACUGUGUUGGUGACAGUUGCUUUCCUGGACAAGGUGUUAUAGCUGUGGCCUUUUCUGGAGUCAUGUGUGCCCACCGUGUUGCUGCUGACGUUGGACUUGAAAAGAAGUCCCCUGUUUUGGACGCUGCCUUGCUUGGGCUACUUGGUUGGCUAAGGACACUGGCAUGAUCAUAUUUAGCAUUCGAGGGAACAGUUUUGCCAGAGAAGGUAGAACCAUACUUGUCCAAGGGGUAAACAUUAUGAUCAAAAGAUAGAAACAUGCUAGUAACUUGGUAAUCAAGCUUCUGAUUUCCGAGUCUCCUGUCAAACGAAAAUUGUACAUGCAUUUUAUGCAUCGAGUG